AAUUUUAAAUUAAAAUGUCCGAAGUACCAGUUAAACGUUAUCGUCGUGAGAAAGAAGAGUCAGAAUCAGAGGAAGAUAUAGAUAAUUAUGAACCGUAUGUACCGGUAAAGGAACGUAAAAAGCAGAAAUUACUAAAGUUAGGACGAUUGGGUCAAGUCGCUGCUGAAGCUGCUGCGGAGACUAAGAGCUCUAGCGAAAACGAUCCUGAUGAUGAAGCAUCCCAAGAAGAAUGGGGUCGACGAUACAAUGUCUCGCUGUUGGAUCAGCACAGCGAAUUAAAGAGGAUAGCAGAGGCACGCGCAUUAUCUGCUGCAGAGAGACAGGCUAAAGAAGAAGAGCAUAUAUUGGAGAGUGUCGCUCAGAGUAAAGCCCUUAUGGGUGUCGCGGAAUUGGCUAAAGGUAUCCAAUACUCGGAGCCAAUAAAGACAUCUUGGCGACCUCCACGUUGUAUAUUAGAACUGCCAGAGUCCAGACAUGAAAGAGUGAGGAGUGAGUUAAGAAUACUGGUCGAGGGUGAAAACGUACCUCCACCGAUAAAGACAUUCCAACAUAUGAAGUUUCCUAAAGGUAUCCUCCGAGGGUUAGAAGCUAAAGGUAUAAAGAAACCAACGCCUAUCCAGGUUCAAGGUAUCCCGGCGGUCCUCAGCGGAAGAGACAUGAUCGGUAUAGCAUUUACGGGUUCCGGGAAGACCCUGGUCUUCACGCUGCCCAUCAUCAUGUUAUGUCUUGAACAGGAAGUCAAGAUGCCUUUUAUUAGAAACGAAGGUCCCUAUGGGUUGAUAAUAUGCCCUUCAAGAGAGUUGGCGAAACAGACGCACGACAUCAUAUUACAUUUUGUGAAACAUUUGAAGCAGGCCGGUGCUCCAGAAAUUAGGAGCUGUUUGGCAAUUGGAGGUGUACCGGUGUCAGAAUGUAUGGAGGUGGUACAGAGGGGUGUUCAUAUAAUGGUGGCGACACCUGGACGUUUGAUGGAUAUGCUGGAUAAGAAAAUGGUAAGAUUGAACGUGUGCAGGUAUUUAUGUAUGGACGAAGCGGACAGGAUGAUAGAUAUGGGUUUCGAAGAAGAUGUACGAACAAUUUUUUCUUACUUCGCCGGUCAGAGGCAAACGCUACUCUUCAGCGCGACUAUGCCUAGGAAAAUUCAGAAUUUUGCGAGGUCGGCGCUGGUCCGGCCCGUGACGCUGAACGUGGGCCGCGCGGGCGCCGCGUCGCUGGCCGUGCGCCAGGAGCUGGAGCCCGUGCAGGCGGAGGCGCGCACCGUGCACCUGCUGCACUGCCUCCAGAAGACGCCCCCGCCCGUGCUGGUGUUCGCCGAGCGCAAGCAGCACGUGGACGCCAUCCACGAGUACCUGCUGCUGAAGGGUGUAGAAGCGGUCGCCAUUCACGGCGGUAAAGAUCAAGAAGAGAGAUCUCGUGCAGUGGAGGCGUUUAGAAAAGGGGAGAAGGACGUGCUCGUGGCUACCGACGUUGCUAGUAAAGGUCUGGACUUCGAGAACAUCCAGCACGUGAUCAACUAUGACAUGCCCGAGGACAUCGAGAACUACGUCCACCGCAUCGGCAGAACUGGUCGCGCGGGAGGGGGGGGCGUGGCCACCACCCUGCUGGGGCGGGCCACCGACACCAGCGUGCUGCGGGACCUGGCUCACUUGCUCACUGAGGCCGGCCAGCGGGUGCCACCGUUCCUGUUGGACAUGAUUGGAGAACCGGAUGUGCCAGCUGCUGAUGGCCAGGGUUGUUCCUACUGUGGGGGUCUCGGACACAGGAUCACGGAGUGUCCGAAACUCGAGGCUGUGCAGAACAAACAAGCCUCGAACAUCGGCAGACGAGACUAUUUGGCCAACACAGCGGCGGAUUACUAGUCUAUGUAUAUUAAUAAUUGUAAUAAAUGUAUUUAUAAGGA